AGCCGGGGAGGGAGGGCGUGUGAGGGCGCCCUGCGGAGGAGGGACUGUGUGUGUGUAUGUCCACUGCGUCAGGAGUGGGCGUGUUGGGCGUGGGCAUCGCCGAGGGCGCGGGCGAGGACGGCAGCAGCAUCCCCUUCAUUGACGAGAGCGGGUCGUCGUGUGCGUCGUCCAUGAUGGGCGAGGAGGACGACACCGCCUCCCUCAGCAGACUCCUAGAUGACGCCGCCUCGAGGGAGUUCAGCAUCAACGGCCUCCACGACGACCUCGCGUCCCUCUCUUGCGGCUACGCGUCCCUCGAUGCCCACAGCGGCAGUCACAGCGAAGGCCGCAGUGGCGCCCACAGCCGCAGCGACAUGGGCAGCAGUGGCGAAUCACAGGAGAAGUCCCGGACAGGGUCAGGCCGCUGGUCAUGGCAGCGGUCAUCUCCGGGCUCAAGGAGGACCUCCAAAUCGAGCAUUAAGUCCUCGGACAACCUGGAAGAGGACGUGCUGGACGCGGACGACGAGGACGAGAAGCCGCCGCCGGCCCUCCCGCCGUCCCUGCCGCCGUGCGACACCUGCGAAGACCGAUCCUCUACCUCAUCCUCAUGCUUCACAGGGACGUCCUCCUCGGUGCUCUCGUGCACCACAUGCGCCGCCGAGUCCGACAACCGACCCGAAACCGACCCGAAGAGUGGCGAUCACCCGACGGAUGACGUGGGACACCCGGUCCCCGCGCCCUCCGAGCACGACCAGGAGCAGGAGCAGGAGCAGGCCCCGCGCAUAACCUGCAAGACGCCAGAUCCGCCCGACUCCAAGAUGAUCAUCCUGAGCAACGGAAACACAACCCCGCACCGCUUGAGCAGCACGCCCGAGGAGGUGUGGAGCCCCGGAGGAGAGCCACCCGUGCCCCUGGUCACCUCCACCCCGGCGCCGCAGGGGAACAACAGCAACGCUUCCACAGUGGAACCCAAAUACGUGGCUCCACAUCACUACGUCUCCUCCAUGCGGGUGGCGUCCAUGAGAGGGGCGGCUGAUAUGGGCGGCGCCCUCGUGGCUCGCGUCGCUACCUUCCUGAGGACGCAGUACAAGAAUCUGAUCUCCAGCCCCCUGCAGCUGCCUUGGUGUCCUGGAUUUAAGAUGGUAGUGAGCGAGUUUGAGACCAGUUUAAUACAAGUACCCUUGGCUGCUCACCUGAAGGUCCCGCCAGGGUUACUCACAGUUCCUUCCAUUCUACAGCCACUUCAGCUGUCAUUCACUGAAUCAUCAAUGGGGGACCGCCCAAAGCGAGUUUUAGUGGAGGGAGAUCCAGGAUAUGGCAAAUCUACAUUAGCCCUGAAGUUAGCCUAUGACUGGGCUACAGAUCCAACAGGCUCACAUCUGUCAUUUUAUAGUUUGGUGUUUGUCCUGACACUGCGAGAUUUCAGAGGAGGCUCUGUGUUCUCUCACCUCUGUAAGGAGGUCUUGCCAAGACAUAUUCUGAGCAAGGAGGCAAUGAAUACUCUAUGGAAUCAUAUGAAAAAGAUUGAAGAUAAGGUGCUAUUCCUCUUGGUUGGAUACGAUGAACUGAUUGAGGAGGAGAGUGGAGACAUGAAUGAGCUCAUUGAUGGUCAGAUGUUCCCCAAUGCGACAGUGGUUUUGACAUCAAGACCUGGGUCCUCCAAGCCCCUCCCGCCAUCCAUGCACAGGCGACUGCUCAUUGCUGGUCUUGCCCCAGACCAGACACAUAGGUUCAUCUCCCGGUACUUUGACACCAUAAAUAAACCUGGCAGUGGGAAUGAGGUGCUGUCUCUGAUAUCAGCAAGCAAAGAGAAAUAUGGAGACUUGAUAACAUGUCCCAUAAUGUGCCUGGCUCUGGGUGUCCUGUAUGAAGACCUGGGAGGGAAAUUACCAUCCCGCCUCACAGAUAUGUACAUGUCUCUCAUCAAGCACAUGAUCAGGAAGAACUUGAUCAAGCGAGGGGAACCCAUGUGCUAUGAUGUGCUGCCUGAUAGAUAUAAUAAGUUGUUAUCAGACUUUGGGAAGCUGGCCUUAGAAGCACUCAAGCAGAACACCCCAUAUUUCACAGCACAGGACCUAAAAACCAAGUGUCAACACGGAGGAGAAAUUGUUGAGCUUGGCAUAUUGUUAAGAAUGCAGUCAAUGUCCAAGUUGAGCAAGAAGGACUUUUACACUCCUGCACACAAGUCAUUCCUUGAAUUUCUGGCUGCCUUCUACCUGUCUGGCCUUAUUCAUGAUACGUCUUUGCUGCAAACUGAAAUUGACAGUAUUGCAGAAAAGAUGGAUAUAACUCAUCCCAUUUUAAGACAAAACUCCGGCUUGAUGAUCCUGCGAUACCUAGUGGGACUCCUUGGAAGAAACGCCCACAUCGUCUUCAACAUUGUGUCUCAGAUGGGAGUUCCUCAGAGGAUCCUUUUCCUCCUGUUGAAAGAAAGCGGCAUGUACCAGAUGAAUGUGUUAGAGGUAUGUAAACACGUAUCAGGCCGGGAACACGUCGUAAUUCAGACUAAUUCUGCGGAACUAGAAGACUGGGGUCGUUUGCUAUACUCCCCUGACUGUAUGCUGGAAGGAGUGGAUGUGCUGUUGGACUUUGACGGGAGUUCAAGAGACAGACAUGAGUCGUUUUUCACAUCCAUGUCAUUUAAUGAGAGUGUCAAGAGUGUCAAACUUACCUGUGUCGUUGGUGGGGACUUUGGCGAAUCUGAAGUAACAAGACUUGUGUCAUAUGUGAGAGCCGUGCUCACCAAGCGUCGACUAGAGUCUUUUGAGAUUCAGGUGACAUCGCUGGAAGAAGCAACUGCCGAGAUCCUGAGUCCUGUUGUGGACAUGAUUUGCGACACACUCCCCGACUUGGCUCAGGCCCUUAAUAAGCUUGUUGUUGCAUUAGAACUGGAUGCUGAACAAGUUGUACAGUUGUGUCAAGUCCUGCAGAAUGCACCACAUGUACAAGUGCUUCAUCUUCCUCACCUGGCUUGUGGUUUGGACGGCUUGAAGGCAGUUGCACAGAUUGUUGAAAACAGUCCCCUGGUGUCACUCAAUCUUGCAGGGUCUCUCAGCUCUGGCACUCCAGUAGAUGAGCGUUCCACAGGUACAGGAGCCAGCACACCCUCACCAACUAGGGAAGACGCCCCAGCGCCACUCUCUUUCUGGAGUUUCACUGAUGCGCAGGGGAAUACCAGGUCUGUGUUCAACUCUCUCCCACGAUCUUUCUACCAGUCACUUCCUGGUCGGGGGAGAUUGCACUCUCUCUCAGCAGAAAAGAGAAAUUCAGACACAACGCUCCUUCAGAAAACAUCUUUCCCACCACCAGCAUGCAACCCCAUUGUUCAUGCUAAUGGUUUUCAUGAAAUAUUUGCAGCAUUCCGCAACCCAGCCUCAAGAGUGUGCCACCUGAACAUUAGCAAAUGCACAAUGGGGGCAGAAGACUUGGUGUGUCUUGGGGAAACUGUACGCUUCACCAAGUGCCUUUCAUCACUUAGGAUGGAGGGGCUGUCAAGAAUGGCAGAGAUUAUCCCAGUCCUUAUAGCUUUACAGGAGAACACAACUUUGCAACUUCUUGACCUGACAUCCCCUCAUAUCCUCUUGGGAGAUGCUGCCCUGCAAGUCACUCUUAAUGCUUUAGCUAAGAAUAAGUCCUUAAGGUUUCUCGUCUUGAAUGGCUGGACCAUCCAAGUUGAGAGUGAACGGUCACUGAAGGAGUUGAUCCGUUUUCUUAAUGCAACAGAACUACAGCAUCUUGACCUCAGCAAUUGUCGAGUAAUUGUCACUGUACAUGAUGGGGCUCUUGCGCGUCUCUCCAGGCAGGAUGAUGUCAUAGCAGCUCUUCAGGAGUCUGUUCCUCCUUUACAUAACAACACUUUGGCAUUCCUGAACUUGGAUCACUUUGAGGUGACUCUAAAUAGUAAAGUUGUCCUUCGAGGGCCACAGCUACUCUUUAUGCUCCGACAUUUCCCCAAGCUUGUUGAUGUCUCACUGGCAUCUAACUUAGGAGCAGACAUUAUUAACGAUUCCACAACUCACAGGCUUUUCUCCCUCUUGCCGGGAUCCUUCCCCUUCCUGCGAAGAUUGACUCUUGGUGGCUGGGUGUUCUCGCUUGAUAACUGUGAAAAGGUAAUGCGGGCUGGAGGGAAGCAGCUCAGAGGCAGCCAGCUUCGCGAAGUUAUCCUCACUGGCGUUGAAGUGCGGGAGUCCAGUGGGACGCCAGGAAUGGAACACACACUUUUACAGGCUCUCACAACCAACCUGCAUCACCUGUCAAUCUUGUCUCUUGCUGGCUUGAAACUUUCGGCAAAUCAGGCAGCUAUAUUUGGGAAGACAAUACGAGAUAAACUAGCCACCACAACCCUGGAACUGGAAACUCGAGGGUUAGGAUACACCACAGUCAAAGCUCUCCGGCAGGCAGUAACUGAGGGUGGAAGAUAUGAGUUUGACUUCUUGGGUGGCCCCCUAGGAAUCUAUAAAUUGAGUAAAAUUGAUAGAAGAGAAAAGUUAAUUGGGAAAUGGGCCUGCAUAUCCACAUUAGAUAGACUGAGUGAGUUAUAAAAAGAAUGCAAUACACAUGUGAUAUUCUACUGUCUGUAAACCUUACUGUCUAUACACUCAUGUUUAAGGAUAAAAGAUUUUUUUAUGAACCUGUUAGGUAUGUGAAUCUCCUAUCUUUUUAUUUUAGUGAUACCUUUUUGUGGAGGAAACUUCUGAUAUUAUAAGAGUAAAGGAGAGGAUUGACACUGAAAAAUAUUAAAUUAUUAAUAAGAUAUGGACUGAUGUUUAUAAGAGUGCUGAAGGAAAUUGCCAAUGGUUUGCAUGAUAACCCAUAUACUGCUGUAUGCCUCUUCAGUGACAGAGCAUAGGACUGCUAUGUGCUUCAUGAGAACAGGUUUCAAAUUGACACUUAUGAAUAUCCUGUUAUUUUACAACCAUAUCUUUUCUUAAUCUGGUAUUUUUUAAUGUUGGUAACUGUCUGUUUGAAGUAUUCCCCAUCUUCAUCAUUUGUAGUUGGUCUUUCCCUUACUGGGAUCAUGAAAAGACUUUUUUCCUGCAACAUAGCUACAUUGCGGAAUGCGUGCAAAACAAGCACACUGUAGUAUAUGGGUUAAACUAAUCUUCAUUGAUGUUGUAGAUGAUAAAGUUUUAAUGAUAUUAUGAAAAUUGUUAAGCAUUAUGAACUCCAUUUCUCAUAAAACGCUUAUUGAUGUUCUAUGACUAUUAGUGGCUUAUUCAGCUGUGAUCAGAGAAACUUUUUCUGUGAGAUGAAGGAGACUGAAUUAAUACCUCUCCUAAAGCAAUAUACAGUAUACUCUGUGUAUAUGUGUGUGGGUGCUUGUGUGUGUAUUGCUGUAUAUGUACAUAAAAGCAUACAUACAUUUUCAUAAGAUAUGUACACACACACACACACACACACACACACACACACACACACACACACACACACACACACACACACACACACACACACACACACACACACUCACACACUCACACUAACACACGUCUGUUUGUGUAUAUGUACAUUUACACACAAUCAUAGUUUCACAUGAACACUGAGGUUUAACCUCAGGCAAUCACUUCAGGUGAACACCACUUCUGCCACCCCACCGAUGCUGCCCCACAUAGCGAGGGUUGGCUGGCUGUCCCAUAACCUACCUGCGGGGGUCCCAUGGGCUUUGCCCCAUAAGCCUCACAGGUUGAUGGCCACUGGGACACAGAUGGGAUGACAGGUAACCCCUACUCCCAGACUGAAUCCCAGCAGUCACCAACUGAGUGGGACCCACAGCCUGCCUUACUUGCUGGGUAAGAGGGACAAUUGCCCUCCCCUCAGCACCAACAACUAUACAUUUUGUUGCUAGUUGGGUAAUCUUAUUUUGGGGAGGUGGACUGGCAAGGCCUGCCUCCCCAUAGCCAUCCAUUAACCCCAGGGGGCACAGUUGCAGGAGUUUGUAUGAAAGUAUGAAGCCAGAGCAUGUCCACACACUGGUGGGCUAGCCUUUAGGGCCUCCUGCUGCUCCAAGAGCCUCCACAGUUCAGCCUAGGACUGCAAGGUAGUUAGUUUCCAUGGGUGACCAUGAGGAGGCACUGCAGAAGUCUUGAUGAUGGAGAGGCUAUGAGCUGGCAGGGGAGUCUUAAGCACAGCUGCUCCCUUUUCGUACCAGGCUAGCCAGCGGUGGCAGCAUGAAGGCAUACAAAGCACUUAACACAAACUAGGCUACCACACUAUCACUUCACAUCACCCUGAGCAUGAAGCACCCACACACAGUUAAUGCUGGAGACUAAUUCCUGGUGAUGAUUUUAGGGCAUAAGAUUAUAUUGAAGUUUCAUGGCAUUUUAAUUCUUUUUGUUUUUGGAAAUGAAAUUCUUCCAUAUAGAUCAUUUAGUAACAUUGGUGCUUUCUGUCCCUUCUGUGCUUCCUGAAAAUUGCCUGUAGAAAAAUUACAAUUGUUAGUAGGCAUAUAAUGUUUUCCAGAAUAUAAGGAUAAGGAACAGAUUACAUAUAAACACACUGAACCAUGUACUGACUAUGAAUAAUGAUUAACAAUUGUGUUGUUGGUAUUCCGGAUGAAGAAGCAUUUCCAAGCAUAUGUUGUACUCCACACUCAUUAUAGCUCAUCACUUGUACUAAAAGCAUUAUUGCAGGUGUAGUGUAUAUAUAAAAUGAUAUUUUAUUGGAAAAAAAGGUCUUUCCAGCCUUUGCAGAAUAUAAACUUGGGUCUACAUUAUGAUGGGCUAACAUAGAGGUAACUGUCUGUGUAGUUAGUUUGUAUUUCAUUUAUAGAAUUUGAAAGUAUUGGUACAAUAUUCUGAUUGUAAUAUUUUAUUGUUUUUGAACUGUAAUUUAUUCAGUUCAGGCAAUGAAAUAUUGUAGUGUUGUUUUUGUGAAUAUCAGUCAUUUUAUAAGGUGAAAAUACUGAUUAUAAAAAUAAUUCAGUAUUAUUAAUGUUCACAAUGAAGUAUCUAUUUUUUUUUAGUUAAUUUACAGACAAUUUUAGAAAAGUAAAGGAUUGGUACAUUCAUUUAUGUAGAUGAUUGUGAAGACAGUUAAUUUUUUGUAUUAUUGUUUAUUUGUAGCUUCCAUUUAUUUCUUUGUUUUUGGUAUAAACCUACUGAAGAGAAAUUUAGUAUACCAUGUUUUUUCUUUCUGCAAAAAUAUAUACUUUUAUUCUAUGCAUUUUAUCAUAUUGAUAAGCUUUUACUUUCUUUUAUUUUUUGUAUUAUAUAUAUUUAUAAAGCCUGUAGACACUGUGUUGAAAAUUUCAACAGAGAACUUAGCAACCUGUGGAUUACUGUACUGUAUUUUGUAUAGAUUUAUGGUAGUAUUGAAUGAGCCUUCAAGGUGAAAUCUUUGAUGUACAUAGACACCACAAGUGAAACCUGACUAUAUGCUCUUAUAUUCUCAACUUGAAGGUGGUAAAUGUGUAAUAUAACUUACCUUUUAAAACAUGAUGAUAGAUCUCAGCUCAUUUUUGAUGGCAGCCACAAGUGCUUGUAAGGAAUCAUGUUCCAGUAAGAUUUACUUUAAUUUUAUCAUUUUUGUCAUCAGUGUCAUAGAUUUUUUUUAAGUGUUUUGUAUUACUACUUUUUUGAGAAAUGACAGGUUUUGUUCAAGCUGAGGCAUUGGUCAUUUUCACUAUAUGAAAUGUAAGGCUUCUGCUUAGGGAAGAAAGACAGAAGAAAAAUUUAUGUAAGUUCCAUACAUAUUCCUUGAAAAGAAAAUGCCCAAAAUACAUGUUGAGACCAUUUAAAAGCAGAGGUGCCUAAAAUGGCACAAUGUAAUGCUGUAUUUCAGGGGUAAAUAUUUGUGGAAACACUGUUAAGAAUAUGAUGAUUAGGUAAAUUGAGGUUAUUCCAUGUGCUUGUUCAAUAUUUGGAAGUCAGUACCCAACCUACUUGUUAAAUGUUUGAAAAUCUUCACAUUAAUAGUUCAUUAAUCACCUUCGCAUACCAGUGAUUGAAAAGAACUUGAAUAGAGAUUCCUAAUAUUCCUAAUGAUAAGGGUGCCAUAAAAGCAGAUUUGGAUGAAUGGUACUUGGAAGCAAUAAUUAAUAUAAUUAGUUGAUUUGAUUACAAAUUAUAGUUGGCAACCUGUGAGAACUUUAUGGUAUUUUUAUAGUUCAGGAAAGACAUAUAUAUAUAUAAAAUGUUUAUUGAGUGUUCUGAAUGAUUCUUUGUUAUUUCAUAUUGUGGUUUGCAAGAUGUUCAAUUUUCAUAUCAGAGGUGUUGAUUUCAUUUGAUAGGAAAAAAGGAUGCAUUAAGUUAGCAUGUACUUUUGUGCAAAAAGUAAUCUAUGCAUUUUUAUAAACUCUGGAACAUGUAGCAGUUAUGUACAUAUAUUAAGUUAAGAUCAUUGUAAUGUAAAGGACAGCACAGUCCAUUUAUUUAGCAAUACACAGUUUCUGAAAAUGAUUCACUAGUCAUUUGCAUUGCAUUCAUAUCUACUGUAUUUCAGAAUACAUGUGUACCCCCAAAUACAUAAUGAUAAAUACCUUUUCCAACUGACUGGGUUGUAAUAAUAAAAAUGUCCUGGGGUGUAGCAUGAGAUAUUGCUUCACUUUUGUACAUAUCAGUUGCAGAUCUGAUGGAAUCCAUGACCUAGUUCUAAAAUCAUUUUCCCAUUAUCACAAUUUUAGACACACACACACACACACACACACUCACACACACACACACACACACACACACACACACACACACACACACACACACACACACACACACACACACACACACACACACACUCUCACUUUCCCUCUUGUAAUUGGAAAGAAGCUUUGUGUAUAUUUAUCCAUAAGUUUGUGUAUUUGUACAUAUUUAGGAACCUGCAUACAUUUUGGAGAAUAAAUUGGUCUUUUAAUACAAAUGUAGAUAUAUAUAUAUUAUCUGUCACAUAUAUGGGAAUCUUGUUUUAGAGGUGGUUCAUUCAAGGUUCAAAGUAUAUACAGUAUAUUAAUGAUUAUUUACCCUACAGUAUUUCCUUGGUUGUGCUGCGCCCCAUCCCGUGAUAUAAAUAAAUAUUGAGGACA